AUGGCUUCGAUCAAGAUUGAGAAAUUCAACAUGCUUUCAAAUAGAGACGGUGGGAUUCGCAGACACGAUGCGCUUUCUGAGCACAACGCUAGAGCGAACAGAGCACAGAGGUAAGUGUAUUGCAGUUUUAGUUUAGUGCCGGACCUGAACAGACCGGGCAGGAUCGGCGGGGAUUGAUAAGUCUUUCAAAAGUAAGAACCAGCCAAGUGGCGUUGUUUGUCUUGAGCUUUAGUUUUUGAGAUAUCGCCUCAUUUGGGGAUGGGUUUUACUUUUGAAAAGCCUAUAAAUUUUAGCCCAUUCCCGUUUUCUUUCUCACGGCUCGACCCUUGUCAACUUCAUUAUUCAGAUUGGCAUACUACAUGUCGAACAACAGUGGAACCGCCGCGGGAUUGAAACAAAUCCAAUACACAUUGGAGAACUUUCCCAUUAUCCGGGAUAUUAAAAUUCUUGUCGAUGACAAGUUUGAGGUGAGUAGAAAAUACUUUCUUCGUUUAAUGGCAACAUUGUGGUGUUACAGCUCAUCGUUUCCUCGCUAAGUCCGCGAUGCGAAGGAAUCUUUAUUGGUGUGAAAAUGCAGGGAGGCAGUGAAGACAAGAAAGAGCAUGGCGAGUUCUUGCCGGCAUCAGCAGGAGACGAUAGUAUCAGAAAAACAUGCGUUGAAGGAAUUAAAAAAUUGGAGAUUCGUGAGUUGUGUCAUACAAGUAAUAAGUAUUCUCAUAUUGUAUUUGGUUUAGUUGAACAAUCUUCGUCAACUCACCGGCCGCCUCUCUCGAAGUGCUCAAUUGAUUUUCUAUCGCAAAACAAGAUAGAAACAGUUGAUGAGCCAUCUGAAAAAUUUCCGAAAGCUCACUUCUAUUGUGAGAACUGUGAUUUCUACAUGGAAACAUCGAAAUCUGUCAAAGAUCAUUUGGAAAGCGAUCUUCAUCUGGACGACAUUGAGAAGCAAACAAUGAGAAUGAAUCUUCUGAGAAAGAUCCCCAAUCCGUCUGAAAUGCACUUAUUUGCAUUGAACAGAGUUCUCCAAGAAGCUCAAAACCGCAACGUCACAAACAAAGAAAGAGAUGUUCAGAUGGUCUUGUCCUAUUUGUCUAAUGUCUUUUUGAGUUUGAUUGGGGAUUGUGAGUUUAAGAUUGAACUCUUCGGGUCUUCCGCUCUUGAUCUCAUGCUGGAGAAUAGUGAUGUGAACGUGGCACUGAUUACAAAAAUUUCGAAGAAGUUCACGACUUCUCAGUUGAUGAGAAUGAUCCAAAAGAAGAUCCAAGGAGAUGGACACAAAGCGGAGUAUAAAAUGGAUAUGGGAGUGGACACGUCUGUCACAUUCAUGAUCAACAAUACUCACGUUCGCCUCUGUCACCUGCAUUCAUCCUCGGGACAAUUGAAACUUACCAAGCUAAUCCAGAAGUACUGCUCGAUCCGAUCGGAAGUCCCUCAAUUCCUCCGGUUGAUCCGGCAAUGGGCGUCAGAAUCUGAUUUGGACGAUAAGAACCGUUUGCGAAUCGGAUUGCCACGUUAUGGAUUCGAUCUUCUGGCGAUACAUUUCCUACAGCAGCAGAAUCUUCUCCCAAUACUCAACGAAAAGGAUCAUACUUUUGGAUGUGAAAUAUGGAACAUGGCUGAUUUGUUCAUCAACUUUUUCCGCUAUUUCGCUCAGAAAAAUCGCCGAGUAGUAGUCCAAAUAACUGAGAAUGGAGAACUGGUCAGAAAUGGGAUUACAUGGAGAAGAAACGUUCUUCAUGUGGUUGACCCAUUCCGGAGGGAUAAUGUGAUGCACAUGCCAAGUGAUUCCACGUGGCACUCUUACUUCUACAACUGUGUGCUGCAAACAUUUAUCUCUUUUUCAAUUCCAAGCACUAAAAACGAACCACUUGCAAACAUCACUUUGUUCCAAUCCGUGAGUUUGAAAUCCAUAGUUAACCAUUAUCACUUUUGUUGCAGAAAUCGGAGCUGAAACAGGAAAACAUCAUGAUGAAAAGUGGCGUGAACCUGGCGAAUGUGAAGAAAAUUUGCACAACGGAGUAUUUCAUCAGUGAAAACAUCAACUUGGAGAAUAUUCUUGCCGCUCAUAACCUCGAUUCGUCACAUUUCUAUUUUGAAUUCAAACCAUCGCGUUUCCGUGGAAGACUGGAAAUGGAAAUCAAGUGCGCUUACUGCAAUGGUCCACACUUAUACGACAAAUGCAUUCUUCCGGAUGUACCCGCUACUGAUGAAAUAGAUGUUGCCGAUGAAAGGUACGACGCAAUCGACGAGAUGAUUGAUGAAUACUAUGGAGCGAACAUCAUGCAAUCACAUCGAAUGAGCAUGUUGAAUGUAGAAGUGAGGAAACUGGAGGAAUACCUGGCGGAGACGUACAGAACGGAUGUUACCCUCACCCUGUUCGGAUCGAUAAUGACGGGCCUUAGUGUCAAUUGCUCCGACGCCGAUAUCUGUCUUCGAUUUAAGGGACAGGACGAUGAACCGAAGGAGUGGACUGGGAAAGAAGUGAUUGCCGAUAUAGGAGAGAUACUGAAAGGAUACGAGCAAACAGAAAAAGUGGAAAUAGUUUUGAAUGCAAAAGUUCCAAUUGUCAAAAUGCAAUUGAAAAUGGCCCAUGACGAGAUUUUAGACAUUGAGUAUGUGCUUUUUGGAUAAUUUUUAAAGACAUUUUACUACUUUCAGCAUAUGCUUUUACAACUCAUUAGCUCUUCAAAACACAGCACUACUUCGCGAGUACACCCGAUGGACUCCGGACAACCGAUUUGCAAAACUGGCUUUAUUUGUCAAACACGUAUGUUGGCACAUGAUUUUAUGUAGACAACAAUUAUCCAAAAUUUUAGUGGGCCAAGCAGUGUGACAUCGGAAAUGCCUCAAUAGGCUCGUUGAGCUCCUAUUCUCAAGUCAUAAUGCUGAUAGGUUACCUGCAACAGUGCAGUCCUCCAGUACUUCCACGUAUUCAAGAAGACUUUGUCAUUUCCGACUCGGAACAACGGAAUGCUGGUAAAUGGAACACGUCAUUUGCACAAAGCAGUGAUGAGGAGAUAUGGAAAUGGCAACACAACAAAGAGUCAUGUGCCCGUCUUUUUGUUGGCUUUCUGGAGUUUUAUGCCCGGUUUGACUUUCAAAAUGUGGUGAUUCAAUGCCGGCAAAACGAGGCAGUUUCCAAGACGGAAAAGGGUUGGAGGAGAGCAUUGUGCGUCGAGGAUCCGUUCAAUCUGGAUCACAACCUGACCGGAGUUGUCUCGAACAAAAGUGAGUUUUUGAAAUGAUUUGUGCGAUAUGAUCAUCAAAAUUUUCAGUGUUCCUGUUUAUUCGAAAAGUGUUUGUUGCUUCGCGAGAUGCUUUCACACGAUAUUAUCCGGAUCAAACAACCAAAUCCGACUUCGAUUUGAAAAAUAACAUUUUCGGCAUGUGUCAACAAGGAAGAUCUCCAACACACAAAAUCUGCCGCAUCUGCCAAGAAGUCGGCCAUUUUGCUGACGUCUGUUCACUUCGUGAUGAAUGGUUGGUUCUAUAUAUUUUUUUAUUAUAAUAUAAUAUAACAUUACAGAAGAAACAAAGGACAUGCAUGAAAAAGAAGAAGCAAUUGGCGCAGGAAAACAAGGUUCCGAUAGGAAGUAA